UGUUUCUUUUUUUGGUGCUUGUUUUGGAGUUGCAUUUUUUGACUUUGUAUUUUUUUAAUGUUUUCUGUCUGUAACUUAUGUUGCUGACUGUGGCACUCUUGAAAAAAAUAUUUUUAAUUUCAAGAGAUUUUUUUUCUGGCUACAUAAAGAUUAACUAAACCAAAAAUGAGUUCAAGAACUUCCUUUACAGACAAACAUGAACACUGCUAUUUUAGUGACCAAAAUUUGAACUGAGAGUCAAAAAUGCGAGGUGAAUAAGAUCCACUGACCCCAGUUUCGAUCAUUAUCCAAUUACUCUGGUUGGACAUUACAACAUUACAGUAAGUAUCCCCACCCCUGUGAACUACCCCACCCUGUCAGCUGUCCAGACUAUUUAAAACAGCACAUCCAGACAUCCAUCAGACAUCAGUCACAGUGGAGAGACAGUGUUUGGUUCUUUCACCAUUACCUUUGACAACAUGUGCAGCCUCACUCUGACUGCAGCCUCUUCCUCAGCAGCCUCCUCCAGGCUGGUUUGUUACUAUAACAGCUUGGCUGAAAAUAGAGUGGAUGAUGGAAAGUGCACGAUUUCAGAUAUUGAUCCAAACCACUGUACCCAUGUGAUCUACGCCUUUUCUGACAUUAACAACCAACACAAGUUGGUCCCCAACGGAGCCACUGACGUUCAACGCUAUCAGACCUUUAAUGGACUCAAAAACAGAAAUCCACAGCUCAAAACUCUGUUGGCGGUUGGUGGCUUAAACUUUAAAACAAAAAAAUUCAGUGCAAUGGUCGCAACACGUCGAAACAGAGCAAAGUUUAUCCGCUCUGCUAUCAAACUACUGAGAGCAAAUAAGUUUGAUGGGUUAAACCUUGACUGGAGGUACCCCGGAGGAGCUGGAUGCCAACCACAGGACAAGCAGAGAUUCACCCUGCUGUGCAAGGAGCUCAAAAAGGCAUUUGUGGCUGAGGGAAGAGCAACUAACCAUGACAGAUUACUCCUCACUGCUAGUGUCUCUGCUGAGAAAGCAAUCAUCGAUGCCAGUUACGAAGUUGCACAGAUUGCCAUAUACCUUGAUUUCAUCAAUGUGCUGACAUUUGAUUUCCACGGCCCCUGGGAAAGUGUCACAGGACAUCACAGCCCCUUAUUCCAGGGAUCCCAGGACACUGGAAAUCAAACCUACUUGAACACUGAUUUUGCCAUGCAGUACUGGAGCGACCAGGGAGCACCCAAAGAAAAGUUAAACAUGGGAUUAGCAGCAUACGGGCGAGCUUUUGAGCUCUCCUCUGCAUCCAGCGAUGUUGGAGCACCAGCCAAUGGUGCUGGUGAACGAGGCCGCUUCACUGGUGAAGAAGGAUUCUUGGCCUAUUAUGAGACUUGCCUUUAUCUUGAAAGAGUUAAAGUCCAACUGAUAACUGAUCAGAAAGUCCCAUAUGCCACCACAGGAAAUCAGUGGGUUGGAUUUGACAACCACUACAGCCUUGGCAUUAAGGUCAGUUACCUUAAAGUUAACAAUUUUGGAGGAGCCGUUGUCUGGUCUCUGGAUCUGGAUGGCACCAGUGGACAGUUCUGUAACAUGGGCAGCAACCCCUUCAUCAGCCACCUGCACAUUCUCCUGGUUUCAGGCCAUCCUGACCUUGCAUCUACAACUCCCACCACCACCACCACAACUCCUGCUCCCACAACACCAGCCCCUACAACUCCUGCUCCCACAACACCAGCCCCU